CUCACAAACCAAACCUACCCUGCAGGUUCAUCAUGCUCAGACCACACACACCCCUUCGACUCAUCUCCUGCACUCUGCUGCUCCUUGUCUCCACCUCAGGGGAAAGGCAGACUCGUGUGGCUGACAAAGGCUCAUCUGUCGUGGACAGGAAGGACAGCCCGAAGGUCCUGCUUCUGGAUGCGGUUAAGAAGGGGAUCCUUGGCUCUCUAGGUAUGGACAGAGAACCCAGGCCAGCCCAAGGGGCCUCACAGCAGGAGCUAAGGAAGAUUUAUCAGCUGUACGAGGAAACAAUGAGUAAGAUGAGAAGAAAUUCCAGCCAGGCAGUGAGGGAACCCUGGCAGUCCUUGAAGUCCACUGUACUCUUUCCAGAGAAGCCACUGAAAGUUCUUCAAAGGGGCGGCUGCCAGAAGUCGGGGAAAGGCGUACGGUGGUACAGAGCUGUUUUCCAGAAGAACCCAAGCACCCUGACUAAACUGACUCUAAUCCAAGCAGAACUGAAGAUCUCUGGACAUAUUUUAUAUUCAUUUAAAAGUAAAGUGAGACGAGAUGUUAAAGUAAAAGUCAACUGCUUGAAACCAGUAAAUUCUGCUGCAUGGACAGACUCAGAAACCCAAACCAACAUCUCAAGCAGUCUGGAUGUAACACUGGACAUUAGUCCAGAGGUGAAGGGCUGGAUGAGGACAGCUGGUGAGUCGUUGGUUGUGGAUGUAGGAGUAGUUGUAGCUAACAGAGACACUGUGAAGCUACAUCCCACUAUUACUCUUGAGUUGGGCCUCAUGCAGCCUUAUCCUGCAGAGAGGAUGAGGCCUCGGCGUUCCGACAAGGAGGACAACUGUGACGAGCGAGGAUGGUGCUGCCGGAGGUCAGUCACUGUGUCCUUUAAAGACAUUGGCUGGACUGACUGGGUGGUGGCGCCAGCCGAAUACACCAUGCAUUUCUGUGAUGGCUCCUGCCCUCACAAUUACAAACCAGCAAGCAUGCACACGCAGGUCAAAUCCUGGAUGAACCAGAUCACCAAAGGGGGGAUGCCUCACCCCUGCUGCGUGCCGGCAGCCUAUGAGCCCAUGGUGCUGAUGCACUACGACAGCAGGGGGAGGUUGAAACUGACCCCUUUCAGUGACCUCAUCGUCAGUAAAUGUCACUGCGCCUGAAGUUUAAAUCCAUCUUUUUGCCAUUUAAGAUAACAAAGUAAAUGUUAACUACUAAAAACAUUUUAAUAUGUUACAUAUUAAAACAAACUCUAACCUUAAAGGAGAAUUUCACCACUUCAUAUGACCUCCUGACUAAAUUAAACUAGCAAAUAUUUACAAUUAGAACAUUUCUGUAGAAAGUUUUAUGGGUGCCAGUGCAGCUACUGCCUGCUGAGCUGUACACACUAUAUUACCAAAAGUAUUCACCCACCCAUCCAAAUAGAUUAAAUCGAGUGUUUCAGUCACUUCCAUGGCCAUAGGUGUAUAAGAAUCAAGCACGAAGCAUCUGUGAAGGAAGGGGUCGCUCUCUGGAGCUCAGUGGAUUCCAGCCUGGUUCUGUGAUCGGAUGCCACCUGUGCAACAAGUCCAGUCGUGAAAUUUCCUCCCUCCUAAAUAUUCCACAGUCAGCUGUCAGUGGGAUCAUAACAAAGUGGAAGCGAUCCGGAUGACAGCAACCGUAAAAUGACUGAGCGAGUUGGCGGAUGCUGAGACGCAAAGGUCGGCAGCUUCCUGCAGACCUCCAGACUCCAUGUGGCCCUCAGAUCAGCUCUAGAACAGAAGAGAGCUUCAUGGAUCGGGUUUCCAUGGCAGCAGCUGCAUCCAGGCCAUUAUCACCAGAAGCAAUGCAGAGCGUCGGAUGCAGAGGUGGAGACAACGCCACCACUGGACUCUGGAUCAGUGGAGACCCAUUCUCUGGAGGGACCAAUUGCGCUUCACCAUCUGGCGAUCUGAUGAAGGAGUCUGGGUAUGGCGGUUGCCAGGACAACGGUACUGGUGUGACUGCAUUGAGCCAAGUGUAAAGUUUGGUGGAGGGAGGAUCAUGGUUUGGGGUAGUUUUCCAGGUGCUGGGCUUGGCCCCUUAGUUCCAGUGAAAGGAACUCUGAAUGCCUCAGCAUACCAAAAGAUUUUAGACAAUUCCAUGCUCCCAACUUUGUGGGAACAGUUUGGGAAUGGCCCUUUCCUGUUCCAACAUGACUGUGCACCAGUGGCUGAGAGCCAGGCCGUCUCAUCCAACAUCAGUGUCCGACUCCACAAAUGUGCUUCUGGAGGAAUGGACAAAAUUCCAAUGAGCACACUCCUGAACCUGUGGAAAGCCUUCCCAGCAGAGUUGAAGCUGAUAUAUCUGCGAAGGAGGGCCACCGUCAUACAGAACUCAUUUGAUUAAGAAUGGGAUGUGUUUUAGGUUCAUAGGGAGUCAAAGCAGGAGAGCCGAUGCUUUAGGCAAUAUAGCGUAUAUACUGGCUAAGACGUGCAUUACAGGUGCAGCCAUGAUGGAAACGCCAACUGCACCUGCUCCUUAACAUUGAAACUGUGGGCUUGAAAGAAGUUUGUUUAUGAAAUUUUCAGAAUAAUUUGAUGAGCAGAUUUAGUCGGUGACAUCACACAUCAGAGUGAGGAGGUUUUGAAUUUUCACAAAAACCCGACUAACAAAAUGCACUACAGCUAUCGAAAUGGCCUUUCAGACAUGCAGGGUUUCAUCCUUCAUUGCCCUUUCAAACUCUGACUUUAGUUUCUAUGUGAACAUAUGCUCGAGUUAAAUGGCUCCAGAGUGGGAUGGGUUUUCACUCACUUUGCCAAAAUCCCAUUAAUUGCAAUGGGAAAGAAAUUAGCAGUUUUUGUGAAUUUUAUUAAAAUGGUAAAGAGAUUUUAUAAGCAAAAGUCAAAUAAACAGUGAUAUUUGUAUCUUAAUGCUUACAACAUUGGAGCCCAUAAUAAAAGAAAAAAAUAAGUAUAUAUUUAUUUAAUGCCUAUUUAUAGUCCCUUUUGUGCCAUUUUGUCAUUAUUGUGCUAUGUUACAGCAUAUUAUUUUCUCUAAAUGAACUGGGCCAUGUUGUUUUAUAAAAUUUGGAUACUGGUUAUUUUAGUCCGACACAUUUCUUUUUAGAAAUUAAAAACCAAAUAUUCUUAUUGAUUGAUUUGUACUGAACCACUUCAUGUACUUAUAAGAAACUCAUAAUGAAGUGUCAUUUUAUUAUCUCUGACAUUCAUUGGCAGAAAUACAAUAAUCCUCUUAAGGUCAAUAAAGUCAAGGCGUGGCUGAGAUGUUUGUAUGUGAUGAUGUGAUAAAGACUUCUUCCCUCGGAUGGCCUUGAGGCGCCGUCUCACCUUGACUGACAGUUUAAGAGACAAAACAGAUUCAUUGGUUUUAUUG